GCGUUGCGGAAGCGGCAGAAGCCCCGAGUCAGGGCUUGUGGCUGAGAUGCCUUUGAGCACAAUUGGUAUCCUGAGCUCUGCUUCUACCACUUCCAACAGAUCAAGAAAUAAAACCCGCUAUCGAACCAAAGCUGUGAGCUCUGAGGUGGAUGAGAGUCUCUUCGGGGUUAUCAAGCCCCCAUCACAGCCCCGCAGCGACAGCCCCAUUGUGGUGCUUCGAGACAACCAUACCAUUCAGAGAACUCUCACAGCACUGGGUGGGGACCGCAAGCCGGAGACCAUCCAGCUCAUCACUCAGGACAUGGUUCGGGAGCUCAUUGUUCCCACACAGGAUCCUUCUGGGGAAUCCCUUAUCAUCAGUCCUGAGGAGUUUGAGAGGAUCAAAUGUGCAUCCCGAGUCCUGACCAAGGAAGAAAUCCAAGCCAAGGAGCAGGCCUUCAAGAUGGAGAAAGAAGCUGCCCUAGAUGCCCUGACAGCCCGCAAGAUGAUCAUGAAGCAGAAGGAAACGAUGUGCAAGAAUAAGAAGCUCAAUGACCUGGAGGAGGUGGCCAAGGAGAGGGCCCAGAACCUUCUGGAGAGAGCCAACAAGCUGCAGAUGGAGCAGGAGGAAGAGCUGAAAGACAUGAGCAAGAUCAUCCUCAAUGCCAAGUGCCAUGCCAUCCGGGAUGCCCAAAUCCUGGAGAAGCAGCAGAUCCAAAGAGAACUGGAAACAGAGGAGAAGCGCCUGGAUCAGAUGAUGGAGGUGGAACGGCAGAAGUUAAUCCAAAGACAGGAGGAACUAGACAGGAAGAGGAGAGAGGAAAGAAUUCGAGGAAGGCGGGACAUUGUGGAACAGAUGGAAAAGAACCAGGAGGAGCGGUCACUGCGUGCGGAGCAGCGGGAGCAGGAGAAGGAGCAGAUGCUGGAGUAUCUUGAGCAGCUCCAAGAGGAGGAUAUGCAGGACUUGGAACGAAGGCACCAGGAAAUGCUGAAGAUGCAAGCCGAAAUUAAGCGCAUCAAUGAUGAAAAUCAGAAACAAAAAGCACAGCUGCUGGCACAGGAAAAACUGGCAGACCAGAUGGUGAUGGAGUUUACCAAGAAGAGAAUGGCUCGAGAAGCAGCAUACGAGGCUGAGCAGGAGAGGAUCAGGAAGGAGAAAGAGAAGGAGAUCGCCCAGCUGAGGGCCAUGCAGCAAAAGGCCCAGGAUUACCAGGCAGAACAGGAUGCCUUGCGGGCCAAGCGCAACCAGGAGGCCGCUGACCGAGAGUGGCGCAGAAAGGAAAAGGAAAACGCACAGAAGAAGAAAGAAACCGAAGCCAUGCUGAGGAAGAGUCGGCUGGAACAGGUGGCUCUCAAGGAGCACUUUCUGGCUGUUCAAGUGCAACGGGACCGGGAUGAGUUCGAGAGGAUUCUCCGGGCUCAGAGAGAACAGAUUGAGAAGGAGCGAGUGGAGGAGGAGAAAAAGGCCACAGGGCGCCUGCAGCAUGCCAGCGAGCUCCGGCGCCAGGUGCGCGAGAACCAGCAGAAGCAGGUGCAGGACAGGAUUGCUAUCUUCGAGGAGGGCCGGCGCCUCAAAGAGGAGGCCGAGAAGCGACGUGAGCGCAUCAAUGACAUCAAGAAGAAAAAGCUUGAAGAGCUGAGAGCCACCGGCCUUCCGGAGAAGUAUUGCAUUGAAGCUGAGAGAAAAGCUAACAUCCUGUCAGCUACCUCUGUGAGCUGAGGGGGGCCUCUGCUUUGAGAAGCAAUGCCUUUGGUGACAGACUCUGCCCAGUCUCCUGGUGUCUAUAUGUGCUGCUAACUUAGAUGUCUCAUAGUUACAGAUUAAAUCUAUUU